AUGGGCUGGUUCUUGGAACAUUUUAUAAGGUUAUUUCUUGCUGGAAGCUUGUUCUUUAUUGGCUUAUCUUAUUCUUAUAAAGCUUCAAAAUACACAUUUAUCAAAGAAGCAACAUUUGCUCCUUCAAGCUCAACAUAUGACUAUAUAGUAAUUGGUGGAGGAUCAUGUGGUUGUCCCCUAGCAGCAACACUUUCACAAGGUGGAAAAGUUUUACUCCUUGAAAGAGGAGGGUCACCAUACACUAAUCCAGAAGAAAUCAACAUACAAAAAUUUGUUCAUUCUCUAGCCGACACGAGUCCUUCGUCUUUCUCGCAACAAUUCAUCUCAACCGAUGGUGUGCUCAAUUCGCGCGCUCGCGUCCUAGGAGGAGGUUCUGUCUUGAACGCGGGAUUCUACUCGAGGGCUAGCUAUAGUUACAUAAGAGAGUCAGGUUGGAAUGAAAGUUUGGCCAGGAGUUCAUAUAAAUGGGUUGAAAAGAAAGUUGCUUUUGAGCCUCCAAUGAUGCAAUGGCAAACAGCAGUGAGGGAUGGUUUACUUGAAGCAGGGGUUUUGCCUUACAAUGGUUUUACUUUUGAUCAUUUGUUGGGGACUAAGGUUGGAGGGUCAAUUUUUGAUAAGGAGGGUCGUAGACACACUGCAGCUGAUUUGUUAGAGUAUGCUGAUCCAAGGACAAUUUCUGUUUAUUUAUAUGCCACAGUUCAAAAGAUACUUUUUAGGUAUAAUGAAGGUAUGAAGCCACAAGCUUAUGGAGUGAUAUUCAAAGAUGCAUUAGGAAUCAUACAUAGAGCAUACAUAAGCUCCAAAAUGAAGAAUGAAAUAAUAGUAUCAGCUGGUGCAAUAGGAACUCCACAGCUGCUGAUGCUAAGUGGCAUUGGUCCUGCUAACCAUCUUAAAUCACAUGGAAUUCAAGUUGUUUUGGAUCAGCCUCUGGUUGGUCAAGGGAUGGCAGAUAAUCCAAUGAAUGUUCUAAUUGUUCCUUCUCCUUUACCUGUCGAAGUUUCUCUCAUUCAAACGGUUGGAAUCACCAGGUCCGGUAGCUUCAUCGAAACGGCCAGUGGCUUGGGCUUUGGCAAUUCUUGGACUGAUCGGCUUAGAGGGAUUUUCGAAUUUGUGUCAAACCAGAGUGGCAUACCGUCCAAGUUUACGCCAGAAGCAAUGGACAGUGUUGCAGACACCAUUCGAUCAUUAGCCAAUCCGGUUCUAAAAGGAGGAGUCAUACUCGAAAAGAUAAUGGGACCGAGAUCCACAGGUCACCUAGAGCUCCUAACAACUAACCCCAAUGAUAAUCCAUCGGUUACGUUUAACUAUUUCAAAGAUCCAGAAGACUUGAGAAUGUGCGUUGACGGAAUGAAAACAAUCAUAAAUGUGAUAAACUCAAAAGCAUUCUCAAGAUUUCGAUAUCCCAACAUGCCUGUACAAGCUCUAUUUGACUUGAUGCUACAUUUAUCGGUUAACUUGAGACCAAAACAUGCUAGUGCUGCGUUUUCUUUGGAGCAAUAUUGCAUUGACACUGUCUUAACAAUUUGGCAUUAUCAUGGUGGUUGCCAACAAGGUAAAGUUGUUGAUCAUAACUAUAAAGUCAACGGCGUUGAAGCUCUUAGAGUAAUUGAUGGUUCCACUUUUCUUCGAUCACCGGGGACUAAUCCUCAAGCUACUGUAAUGAUGCUCGGAAGGUAUAUGGGACAAAAGAUUAUAAGGAACAGACUCUCUCAGGGGAGGAAGUGA